UUAGCCUUUAUGGCUUUACGAAAUCAUUCGGGUAUUCCCCAUUGUAUCUUACGUUUAGAAGAAAUCAGACGUUUGGGUAUAGAUCAUGUCGGAUUAAAGUAAGCAUCGAAUGGGCUUCAGAAGUAACCAACCGUUGUAGUACUGUGUUACUUUAAUGUGGCCCACACAUUGUGUCGGGUGUGAGGGCGUACCUGUCCUUUUUGUCAACGGAGAAGUUUCAGACGAACAGUCUUUUGUCAAGAACAUAGAACACACGCAUAGAGAGCGGCGCUGAUUCCUGAAGACGACUUUACCAGGACAAUUAGAAUAAUGAAUGCUGACAAAAUGGAUUUUGACCUAAACGAUGCCAUUUUAUUUAGGACAGUCCGAUCUGGAGCCUCCGAGGAUGUCUGCCAGUUGAUUCGUAUGUCUGACAACAAGCUGACGUCAUUUUCUAGCCACGCCCUAAACUGGAGUGUGGUGAAAGCGAGCUACAUGGGACACAAGACUUUGCUUCCCUUCCUGCUCCAAGAUGGCGCCAGAAUUGAGGUCCGUGAUGACUACGGAAACACGCCCCUUUUGAUCUGUUCAGAACAGGGGAACACAACCCUGGUGAGUUUUUUGUUGUCGAAAGGAGCAGACGUCAACGCUGCCAAUCGCUAUGGCAACACAGCGCUCAUUCUGGCCACGUCACAUGAUGUGGUCAAACAACUUCUCAGCCACACGUCCGUCGACGUAGAUCAACAAAACUGCAGCGGUAGCACAGCGCUGAUGAAUGCUAUAGAAAGGUUGGACUAUACAAAAAUUCUCUUACUAAUCAAAGCUGGAGCAUGCGUCAAUGGAGAGAAAUAUCUAUGCCAAGGUAACACAAAAUCCUGCAUCUAUCUGACUAACAGCGCAGGGGAGAGUGCUUUAGAAGUAGCGAAUCGAGUUGGAGUUGGCAGGUUAAUAGAAUUCUUACAUCAAGCUCAUAUCUCAAUGUGUCCUCCCCUUGUCUAUGCUGCCAUCAACUCUGAUUUGGUGUCUUUCCAUUUCCUCCUGCAGCAGAAUAUCUGUCAGUCCGUAGAAAUUAAAAGUGAACCUUAUAUUCUUCAUAGAAUGCUGCAGUCUCUCUACAGAAAAUCAACUGUUGGUGAUCCUGAUGUAGACAUGCUCAAAGAAAUAUGCAGUCUCGGUGUCGACGUGAACUUAUGUGCACAACCUGAUCAGCGACCAAUCUCACUGGCAGUGGAAAUGGGAAACUAUGACAUCGUAGAGACUCUAUGUCUUCACGGCGCCCUGAUCAGCCAUGAUGUGCUAAUUUCAGCAGUCAAGAUGAAACAUACAAAUCUCAUUCCUUUACUAGCUGUUUACGGAGCUCACAUGAAUUUGAUUGGUGAACGUGGAAGCUUCAUUUACCAGGACUCAGCUUUGGACCUCGCUUUGACCAGAUCAGAUUUCGGAAGUGCCAAGCUGCUGCUUUAUCACGGAUCCGAACUCGAUCUACGGUUUGCUUUGAAAAAAGCAGUUAAACAUGGUAACUGGAAAACACUUACAUUCCUUUUGGAUCUCUAUCCGGAAACUUCAAAGUCCAUCCUGGAAACCAAUCACGAGAUAUUCCAUGAAUCCGUGGCUGUAGGAGAUGUAAGUCUCAUUGAAGCUUUGCUGGCUUCAGGGGCAGACAUUCAUGGCAUCAUUGAUCAAAAAACACCAUUGAUGAACGCGGUAGACAUGGAUGUCAUCAAAUAUUUACUGGACAACGGAGCAGACGUGAACUUCAAAACAAAUACAACGACUCUAAUUCAUACUCUGACUUCAAGUUAUCGUCAAAGCCUGGAAAGCAGUUUACAAGUGGCUGAGAGCAAUACAAGCUCAGAACAGCAGCAUAUAAACAUAUUGAAUGUACUGCUCGAUAAUGGGGCGUUACUUAAUGACAUCAAUGACGAUGGACAAACGGCGUUGAUUAAUUCUGUGACAAGAGAUUGUUCAGAAAAAAUUAUAAAGUUUUUUCUUAACAAAGGCUGUAAAAUAAACCAAAUCGAUACUUUGGGGAACACGGCGUUACAUGAAGCCGCAUCUUCGGGUAAUAUAAGGGCUUUAACGGUUCUUCUAAACCAUGGCGCAAACGUCAAUCUACAGAAUACUGUUGGCCGUAGUCCUCUGCAUGAGGGUGUUGAUGGAAUCUUUACUAGUUCUGUAAUUACCAAAGCUCUACUUGAUCAUAAUGCGGACGUUCAUAUAGAGGACAUUGCAGGGAACACGCCAUUGCUACUAGCUUCAACGUUUGAUGGUAAUGAUAUAGUAAAACUGCUGGUGGCUGCUGGCUCUAGAGUCAACCACACCAACCACGAUGGCAUGUCUUCACUGAUGUUAGCGGUUGAAAAUCUCAAUGAAAGCGUGAUGCUUUCAUUGUUGAAAGCUAACGCUGAUGUCGAUUUGAUUAAUACCAAGCAACAUCCAAAGACAGCCUUGUCUAUAUUACUAAACAAAUGGUAUCCACAUUUUUUGAGUCAACAUUUGGCGUCAGAACUACUAAAGCACGGAGCCAGUGCAAAGUUUGUCCUGCCUGAGGUUCUACAUCGUAUUAUUGCAAUGGGUAAUGUCCAGUUGGUCCAACAACUUAUUGCUUCAGGGAUUGGACCGAUGGAUAUUGUUUUGCGAAGAAAUCUAAUGGAAUGGCCACUAAAAACUAUUUCCCCUUUGAGUGUUUGUUUAAUGACAGAUCAACUCCAAUUAGCCAAAUAUUUGAUAGAUAACUGGUAUUUAACACAAUCAGAUCUUACAAUAUUAUCCAAAAAUUCAAUACUUUUAAAUUUUCUAGAUUUUAGAAUUAAUGAAUUUUUAAAGGAACACUCCUCACAACCCCCGAGACUGGAACUUUUAAGUUUCGUCUGUGUUUCCGCUUCCGUUGGUUCUGGUCCAGAUAGAGCAGACAAAGUGAAACAGUUAUGCCUGCCUCCUAUUCUACAAGACCAUCUGCUGUUCAAGAAAGUGGCAGAAGAAAAAAUGAACACUGAUGAGAAUGAGGACGAAAAUAUUUUUUUCUGCCAUCAGAUUUCCAGCAAUCAACUAGACAAAGACAAAUACACAUCUGAUUUUUACGAGAAAGAUGAAGAGUUUUUAGAGUUUGACAGGCACAUUAGAGAUGAUAGUUCAGAAGAUGAAGACAACGAUGUCAGUCCGGGUCAGGCUAGAGAUGAUAAUAGUUCCAGGGAAGAAAGUGACAGUAACUCUUCACAGAAUUCUAGCGUUUCCGAAAGUGACUCAAAUGAGGCAGAAAGCUCAGACGACACUUGUACAUUACAGUAACACUGGUAUUAAGUAGAAGCAGCUAGAUCUAAGUAUCGUUUAUUUCGAACUUUCAUGCUUAUAAAAAUAUCCUUCCAAUGUGCAGAAAACCUAGAUUUUUUUUCUCAUAAAAAUUAAACUACCAAAUUGUUAUUUUAGUUCGUCCCAAGAAAUGUAUAACCUCCCUUUCCAUUAUCUUACUGAUCAGUAUUGCAUCAAGCAGGCUUCAUUUAUAAUAUUUGUUUGGAGAAUAUAAGACUUUGUAACAUAUAAUAGUUUCACAAGAGUAUUGAAAGCAUUCUAAAAUGUUUUGGAAAAGAUUAACAGUUGUGUAGAGCUUCACACUUACUGCUAUAUCAAGCCUAUGAUUUAAUUGUUUCGGAUCUAGAAACCAAUAGUUUUAAACCGCUAGUCUAGCAGACGGCAAAAGUAGUUCAAAAACUGUAACAAAUUGUAACAUUCUGUGAUCGAGACUUUUUUAUCCCUAUCAGUUGUAUCCGUUAGAUAUCUGCUUUCACUGCAUUCCUUGUGUAAGAUCGAGAUUGAUUGUUUGAGAGGGGGGGGGGGAUAGAUUUUCUUGUUAUAUUAUUGAGAUGUAUUGGAAUAUGCAAGUCGUAACUGGGAGUGCGUUAUCGUGUGAAAUGCUGAACUCGUCUUAAGGAUUUAAUCUUCGAAGUCGAAGACAAUGCCAGGAUGAUACACUGUGAUAUUGUUAUGCUUUGAUAAUGUUGUUUAUUUUAUUCAUUGUGUAAUACAUUUUGUUAUAUAU